CGAACAUACAGAAUACUCCAGCUGGCCUCCCACCCGAGCAAACCCCAGCACAAUUGCCUUCCAGCGUGGUCGUGCAUCCUUGGGUAAGUUUCCCGCCGUUCCGACGGAUUGCCGAGACUUGAGGGUCCCAGCGCCGACUCGGUCGUGCCUGGAACUCUCCCCCGCAACAUCCUUCGAACUAUCCUAUCCAUCCCUUUAGUGUCGCAAGCCCAGUUAGCCGUCCGGGCCUGCAUCUGAACACGCUGGAGAUUCUUGCGCUUAUCAAUUGACUCUCUCUUGUCACAGAUUAUUACCUAGCAACUACACCCUUGCUGUCGCCUCAAUCUCCGAUCAUGAAUCCAUCGGUCUUCCGCACGGCGUCGCGCCACUUCCAGUCCGCAAACCGCCUGUGCAGGGCAUCCGCAGCUUCGCGCAAUGCUUCGGUCCGGGGAUACGCCACUGCUUUUAACUGGGAGGACCCCUUGGUGACAUCGGAUUUGUACACAGAAGAGGAAUUGGCUAUUCAAGACACAGCUAGGCAGUACUGCCAGGAACGAUUGCUACCCCGCGUUCUAGAUGCCUACCGAAACGAGAACUAUGACCGCCAGAUCCUGACUGAGAUGGGCGAACUCGGCCUUCUCGGAGCGAGUAUUGAAGGAUAUGGUUGCGCUGGCGUGAGCACCGUUGCCUCCGGUCUGAUUACAAAGGAAGUUGAGCGCGUGGACUCAGGAUAUCGCUCGGGAAUGUCCGUGCAGAGCUCUCUGGCAAUGACGGCCAUCCAUGACUUUGGUACCCAGGAGCUCAAGGACAGACUCUUGCCGGAUCUGGCGAAGGGAAAGCUGGCUGGAUGCUUUGGUCUCACGGAACCCAAUCAUGGUUCCGACCCUGGCUCGAUGGAGACGGUUGCGCGGGAGCAUCCUACCAAGAAGGGAUACUAUCUGUUGUCUGGCACAAAGACAUGGAUCACCAACUCUCCUAUCUCCGACAUCAUGAUCGUCUGGGCUAAACUGCAGACCACGGGUAAGAUUCGCGGUUUCGUGGUGGAGCGCAGCCAAUGCCCUCCAGGCACCAUGGAGACGCCCGCCAUUAAAAACAAGACUGCGCUGCGCGCUUCAAUCACCGGCAUGAUCCAGUUGGACGAUUGUCCUGUGCCUGCGGAGAACAUGUUCCCUGAAGUCCAGGGCCUCGCUGGUCCCUUCACCUGUCUCAAUAGUGCUCGUUUGGGUAUCGCCUUCGGAGCUAUGGGUGCCCUCGAAGAUUGCCUGAGCCGCGCGCGCACCUACGCGUUGGAGCGCAAGCAGUUCAAGGGUAAUCCGCUGGCGAAGUACCAACUGAUUCAGAAGAAGUUGGCGGAUGCCGCCACGGAUGCCGCGUACGGCACUCUGGCUGCAACACAGGUAGCCAGGCUGAAGGAUGCUGGAAAAUGCACGCCGGAAAUGAUCUCCAUGGUCAAGAGACAGAAUUGUGAUCGAGCCCUGGCGAACUCUCGGAUGUAUGCAUCUCCCUUCUCUUGUUUAUUAUGCCUUCGGCAUGAUAUAUUCUACAAAACAUUGGGCUGACCUGAUACUUUACUUUCCAUAGACUCCAGGAAGUUUUUGGAGGUAAUGCCGCCAGUGACGAGUACCAUAUUGCACGGCAUGUCGCCAAUCUGUUCGUGGUGCAGACAUAUGAGGGACAAAGUGACAUCCACUGCGAGUGCCACAUCCCCUGCAUCUAGAAGUCGGCGACUAACUACUUGACUACGCAGCCUUGAUCCUGGGACGUGCCAUCACUGGCGUGCAGGCAUUUGUCUAGACAACAAGCCCAUUCACGAUAUAGAUGCUCUAAGUUGCGCGGAGCAUAAUGUCCACCUGGUGGACGUCCUCGUCAUA